UUCAACUUCGCCGGAGAAGGAGGGGAGAUGGCCGGGAGGAAGAGCGGCGAGAGGAAGAAGGCGGUGACCUGGUGCACAAAGGCUGGACUCCAGAUUCUCGUCGACCGCAUCGGGCGCUAUCUCAAGAAGGGCCGCUACACGGACCGCGUCGGCCCGGGCGCCCUCGUCUACCUCGCCGCCUUCCUCGAAUACCUUGCCGUCAAGAUGCUAGAGUUGGCGGGCAAGGUGGCCAAGGACAACAAGAAGACCUGCAUCAUGUCGCGCCACCUGCUUCUCGCCACUCGCAACGACGAGGAGCUCUCCAAGCUGCUUGACGGCAUCACCAUCGCCCACGGUGGUGUGUUGCCCAACAUCCACUCUGUGUUGUUCUCCAAGAAGGCCAACAUGCACUAGCAUAUCAACUUCAAACAGAAUCCAAGAAUAAUAUAUCUCUGCCAUCUGUUUACCUUAUGAAUUUUUGCUUAGCUUGGAUUCUCAUACCAAGAAAAGAAGUAAUGAUGUUUUCCAUUUUUUUCCAAACAUAAACUUUGCUUUCCUUUUUUCCCAUAAUGCGCAUCCGCAGGCAGACCCGGUUGUCCCUUAUCUAUCCUCAUAGCUACGGAUUAAUUCUCCGCAUCUUGUGUUGUGUAAUGACAGUCUUCUACUGGAUCAUAAUGCAGAAAUAUCUCCUUCUCAUAUAA